AUGCGCUCACUGGCCCUUGAGACAAUCAAUGUCAACUAUCCUGGUGAUCAAUGGCUUCAAGUCUUCACUGAUGGGUCAUACAUAGAAAACCAAACAAACGUUGGUGCAGGUGUCUAUUCUGAACUCUUCUCUUUCUACGCAGCAGUGGGACAUAAUAGAUCCGCUUUCGAAGGAGAAAUAGAGGCCAUUAGGAUAGCACUCUGCCAAUCAUGUUGCCUGGAUAUGAAAUUCACCAAAGCGGUGAUACUUUCGGACUCACAGUCAGCAAUAAACUCUAUUGGAAUCAGAGUGCCACCCAAAACAGCUGAGAUAAAGGAAUGUAGAAAACUCUAUGAGCUGCUGAGAGAGAAAAUGAAAACAGUGGUCCUACAAUGGAUUCCUGGUCACUGUGGCAUUAAAGGCAAUGAGCUUGCUGACACACUUGCUAAGAAGGGGACAACGAUUUUGCAAUGCAUGGACCGGCCGAUGUCUUUCCACACAAUGAAGGCCUUAAUCAGAAGAGAAUUCCAUACCUCAAGGUGUAACGAACUUAAAGUUCGAACAAAGGAGAAACAGUGGACAGUGGCGCUCUCCGACAUACCCUACUGGCCAAGAAUCGAAGCCGUUUCUGAGUUUAGACUACGUACCGGACACGAUUGCAUGGCAAAACAUCUUCACAGAUUGGGAGUAUACACUCAACCCACAUGCCCUCUAUGUAACCUACAGGAGGAAAUGGAGAAGACCCACCUGAUUCGAUGUCCAGCUCUAAAGACAACGCCGGAAAGCCAAAGAUACUGGAAAGCAAGAAGAUAG